AUGCGGGUUGAACUGCUUUCGAAUUGUGAGAGGGCGUUCUUUCUGAACUCAUUUAAACAAAAUGUGCGAGUCGAUGGGCGUAAAUGUGAUGAAUUUCGAGAAGUGAAAGUUAUUGUUGGCUCUGAGCUUGGCAGUUGUCUUGUUAUGCUUGGGGAGACGAAAGUUUCAGCACAGGUGAGUUGCUCACUUGUAGAACCUUCAACCACUAGAGGUAAUAUGGGUACGAUUGAAGUGCAGGUGGAUAUGUCACCCAUGGCUUCUCCUGACUAUGAAGAUGGCCGUCUCAACUCAAAAGGCCUUGAGCUAAUGCGGAUUCUUGAAUUGUUAUACCGUGACUGCGGUGUCGUUGAUCUCGAAUCGCUAUGCUUAAGGACAUUUAAGCAGGUCUGGCAGAUACGCAUUGAUGUUCAUGUAUUGGCUUCAGAUGGGUCGUUAGUGGACUGUGCAUGCAUCGCAUCCUCAACUGCUCUUGCCCAUUUUCGAAGGCCUGACGUCUCUGUGCUUCCUGAUUCCAUCAUCAUUCACAGUAAUGACGAGAAAAUACCUAUACCGCUCAAUAUCUAUCACAUUCCUAUUUGUGUAACAUUUGGAAUCACUUCAGACGGCCAAAAUAUAAUUGAUCCAACUGAUAAAGAAGAGCAGUGUCUAGGAGGGUCGCUUAUUGUAGCUACAAAUAAAAGACAUGAAAUUUGCGCAUUGCAUCAAUCAGGAAAGCUUCUGCUUAGUGAACAGUUGAUUGUGCAAUGUGUUGAUCGAGCAAUACAACGAGCUGUUGAUGUAUCAGAGCUGAUAUAUUCGGUUAUCACUGAUGAUAACUUGAAAAGGUCGAAUAGGCAGCAGAUAAAUGGAUUUAGCGAACUUAUAAGCUUAAAUGUGCUAACAUCGCAUCAGUGCGAAGCAAAUGAACUUAUUGCCCCCGCAGUGAAAAUUGAUGCAUUGGAAAGUAUUCCCAACAUAGAAGAGAUCGUUACUAUUGAUGAUAACCAGAUGCAGAUUGGUAGCAGCAAUAGAAUGGCAAAACAAAAAAAUGAAGAUGCCCAACUUAUGGAACAAGUUCAAAGUAUCACCUUCUUAAAGGAAUCAAAGGAACAGGAAAAUUUGUUUUCAGAAAAUUCAAAAGAAUCUACAAGAUCUGGAAGAAGUGGACGAGCUUUUACAAGGCAUUGA